AUGUUGGUAGUUUCACAGGAGCUCCACAAAGGAUCUGCCAAUGAGGAGCCUGAAACUCAGGCAGCUUCUUUACCUGAAGUCCCGAACGGCCAUGUCAAACUGGACGAGGCAGUUUUCGAGGAGAAAAUGCUCAACAACGAAAUACAAGAUCAAUCAUUCACCUUAAACGGGGAUAUGCAAGAAAAAGACUCGAAUCAGAAGCCAAAAUCCACAUCAAAUGUCGACUAUUUGGACCCAUUACCUCAAGAAUCCACCGAUAUUAAUACAUCCGAACCUCAAGAAGAUCAAACGGAAAAAGGCGACUAUGAAAAUGACAAUGUCACGGCUGAUAUUGUCUCUGAUAAUGAAGAAUUAUCAGAAGUGGAGAAUAAAAACGGAGAGAGGCGUGAAAUCGAAACCGAUUCCUUUCCAUGUUUGGAGAACAAGUCGACAGAUAACGAAAGUAUACUCAUAAACAAUACUACCAUUGUUGCUAAGAUUUGUACAAAAUGCGAGCCGGUAAUAGAAGAUAGUGAGCCUGAGGGGCAAGAAAGUACGAAACCAUUCGAUAAGUCGAGAAAGUGCCCGAGUUUUGAUUUCGGGCUCCCAUUUGAUGCCAGGUCAGACGACUCGGAUCAAACCCCAUUGCUUUUUCGAGACGGGAGUGCGAUUAGAAGCUUACCGAGCUCGUGCCCGACUCUGAGGUUCCAACACAGAAGUGUCCAGACAGAAUAUUUCGAUAACUCGUUGCAUUUUGGAAGUGCGGAGGUUGAAGAGAAGACGAUUAGAAUGGAAAGAAGCCAUUCGGACGGCUUAAAAAGGGACUUAACGCUAAACUCGAUGACUAAACCGGAAAAUGCAAACGUCGUUACAAAACCGAACGGCGAAUGUUCGGUUAUUCCUGAUAACGCGCGAGAAGAUUGUGACGUGAUUUCAUCCAAAGGGCGCGAAAAACGGAAAGCGAGACCUUCUAUGUUUACUACUUGCAUCUGUUGCACUGCAACCAUCAACUAA